AUGGCCUCUCUGCAAUCGGGAUACCCCGCUAUGGGCCUCGAUCCUUCCGCGACUCGCGUUAUCUCCUCAGCAUGGAGGAAUCUGGACCGUUCAUUGAACGCUCUGAUCGAAGGAAUCAACGGCCGGAUUAGCAGCAGAGCAUACAGCGCGACGGAAGGCGACGGAAGCAGCGAAAAAGGCGACACAAUCGGGGGAUUUGCGUGGAACGCGGGAGGAGGCACGCGCAGGGCCGUGAAAUUCUGGCGGAACGGGGAGAGGCGGAAGGAUCUGGCCGAGCUGUGCCGACGUGGCAUGGGACAAGUGACGCUUGAUUACGUCAGCGGCUGCCUGAAGGCGCAUUCUUCCCUGCACGCCCGUGUAUGUAUGGCAGGGCUGCUCCAGGAGUUCCUGUCGUCUCGUUUUAAGGAGGUUUCUCAUUGCAUGCGCCCAUUUUAUACCGAGGAUGAUGAGGAGGAGGAGGAGGAGGAGGAGGAGGAGGAGGAGGAGGAGGAGGAGGAGGAGGAGGAGGAGGAGGAGGAGGAGGAGGAGGAGGAGGAGGAGGAGGAGGAGGAGGAAGAAGAAGAGGAGGAUGAGGAGGAAGAUGAAGGGGAGGAAGGAGAGGAGGAGGAGAACGGGGAGGGGGAGGAGGCGGAGGCAGGGGAUUUGGAAGAAUCAGCAGAAAAGCUACAGUCAACCCCACUGGGAACAUAUGGCACCCCUGUGGCUGCCACGGCCACUGCAGACUCGCUUGUGUAUCGGGCGGGGCGGUUGAAGGAGAGGGUGGGGCGGGCGUGGGUGUGGCGCGUGCAGCAGGUGAUGCGUGCGCUGGGGUUCUCAGGGCUGUCGUUCCUGUCGCAUGCUGUGCUGUCUGCUGUGCUGCUCUCCCGGCUUAAGGCGCACGUGCAUGCAUCGGCAGGAGCCGUUUUCGACCGUCGGAUCCUCCCCCGCCUGCAUCGAUGGCUGCAGGUCACUGCCCUGCCCUUCGUUACUGUCACCACCUGCACAGUCACCCCUAGGACCAGUACCACCGGUACUGACACCACCACCGGUACUAGCACCGCCAAAGGUGCUGCGUCUGACAUCUCCAGCCGUAGAUCUCACGUGUCAGAUGAGAUCUCAGCCGCACAUCUGCGGCAGUGGAACUCAUGGUUCCGCCACGUGGCGGGCAGGGAGCUGUGUGAGGUGCGCACGGGGCAACUGUUUGACAUCAUAGUCGAUUACCCCGACUCCACCCCCGCACUCCAUGACCUUAAAGACUGCCUCGAAAGUGGCGGAGAAGCCAUGGGAUUAGAUGGGGUAGGUCUGGGAGGGGAAGGUGGUGGUGGCAGCAGUGGCCGUGGGGGGAAUGCGUAUGCGAGGCUGGUCGCGUCGUUCCGGGCGGCGCUGGCCAAUCGGCUGCUGACAGCUGGCGCAUCGACGGCGGACAUCCUGCAGCAGUAUGUGUCGGCGAUACGGGCGUUGCGGCUGGUGGACCCGUCGGGGGUGGUGCUGGAGGCAGUCAACCCUAUAGACGCCGAUCCCUGGCAGUCGUCAGGGCAGGCGCAGAGGGCGCGGGACAUAGUGCGUGUGCUGGCGGGGGUGUUUGGGUCGCGGGAGGUGCUGCUGGGGGAGUAUCGCGGAAUGCUGGCAGAGCGGCUGGUGGGGCGCGCUGGGUAUGACACUGACAGGGACGUGCGGACGCUGGAGCUGCUCAAGCUCCGGUUUGGCGAGUCGAAUCUCCACGCAUGCGAGGUGAUGCUGAGGGACAUGGCGGAUUCGAAGCGCAUCAACGGGAACGUGAAGGCGGCCAUGCGGCAGGCAAGGGAGGAGGCUCGGGACUUGGCAGAGGCGCGUUCCAAUAUUGCUCGCUCGAAAGCCAUCAUGCGGCGACGAGGCCUAUCAGUGGUGGGGGCAGGGAGGGGAGCAGCAGCGGCGCAGAGAGAAAGCAGGGGCACGGGGGGGGGUGUAUCUGGGGAAGGUCCAUCUGGGUCGGGUGUAUCUGGGUCAGGCUCGUCUGCAUGGUCACAGGCACAAACGCCUGAGCACCUGGUGGUGAGGGGCAUGGCACCGUUCUCCACCCCUCUGGACCGAGCUGGAGGAGGAGGAGAAGGGGGAGGAGGAGGGGGAGGAGGAGGGGGAGGAGGAGGGGGAGGAGGAGGGGGAGGGAUUGUGGGAGGGGGAGGGCCGUCACAGUGGUUCACACCAGACUCGUUCGCCUCUCCUCCUCCUCCUCCUGCUGCAGCAGCGCAGGCACCCACAGCAUCAACCCAGCACUACUCUUCCUCAACCCCUCUCCGCUUUUCCCCUUUUCCCCUCUUUCUCCUUUGUCUCUCUUUCUCCUCUGCAUACGCUCCUCCCUUUCAUCUGCUUCCCUUGCUGCCCCUCUCACCCGCUCUUUCACCUCCCCAGAUUCCUCAGGGGCAGCUGCCCCCCCUCCCCGGGCAGCCCGGCCAAAUCUUCUGUCCCGCUGGGCCCGCCUCCGCCCGGACCUCGGCACACCGACUUUUUCCGGAGACCGAGGAAUCGGUGCGGUUACCAGCGCCGGUUACGAAGCUUAUGGAGGAGUAUGCAAGCAACUAUGCGACGCUGAAAGCGCCCCGCAAGCUGCAGUGGAAGGCGAACCUCGGGUGUGUUACGAUCGAGCUGGAGUUUGGUAACGGGCGUAACACCCAGCAGUACACUGUAACACCCAUUCAGGCGGCCAUUAUCCUGAAAUUCCAAAUGGCUGGAGCAGGAGGGGAUAAGGGUGGGGGAAGUGCAGGUGACGGUGCUGAAAACGGAGAAGCUAAUAAGGAUGAUGAGACAAAGCCGCAGUGGUUGGCAUCUGAGCUGGCGGCAGCCGUGGGCCUGUCAGUGCCUGUGCUGCGUCGGCGAAUCACGUUCUGGGUGAAUCAGGGCGUGAUAGUCGAAUCGGUCGCGACCAAUCGGUCUCCUCCGGAACCUCUUUUCACAGCUGUCGAUCACCAAGUCGACCCUGCUUCUGCUGGUGCUACUGGUGAUGCUGGUGGGGAUAGAGAUGGUGAUGCUGAUGCCGCCGCUGCUGCUGCUGCUGGUGAGGGUGCUGGGCUGGGUGGGUUGCGAGGGGAUGGAGAGGGAGAGGACAUGGUAGCUGCCGGAGAGUUGCUGAUCGGGGAUGAUGGUGAGGAGGAGGAGGGGGGAGGCAUGGUGGCGUCGUUGGAAGCGCAGAGAAAGCAGGAGAGUGCGGUGCACGAGUCUUUCAUAACAGGCAUGCUCACCACGUUUGAAGGCCUGCCUAUAGAGCGCAUCCACAACAUGCUCAAGAUGUUUGUGUCUGAUCCGCCGUAUGACCGCUCGCUGGCGCAGCUGCAUGCGUUUCUGGGGGUGCUGGUGGCGCAGGAGAAGCUGGAGCUGCGGGAUGGGCUGUACCGCAAAAAGAAAUAG